CUUCCAGCUGCUGUCUCACAGCACGAAGUUCCUUCAGCAGGUCCACAUCCGUGCCGUUUACCCAGGUGUAAACCACAUCAAUGGGCAUCGGUAGGCAAAGCCUUUAAUUAUACAAGCAUAUGAAGCAAGCCCUCAGGAGAGAUGUUUUGGUUCAUGCAAGGAAUGUGCUUUUUACCUACUUUUCUGGUAAUCUGGUCAUCGAGCACGUUCAUUAUAUCUUACAUCAUCGCAUUAUUUCGACGAGAUGUUGAUGUUGUUCUUCCUUAUAUAAGUGACACAGGGGCCACUCCGCCGGAGAGUUGUGUGUUUGGAUUCAUGUCGACGGUCACUGCCUUUGCAGCCUUUGCUACUAUGUAUGCUGAAUAUAAAUUUGUGGAGAGAGUCCAUGAGAAAACCGGCGCCGUGUCCCCUUGUCUGAACAAGGUUGCUUUUGCUUUUGGCAUCGUCUCAUGUGUCGGCAUGUUAUUGGUGGCUACAUUUCAGGAGACGACGGUGAUGCCAGUCCAUGAUUUCGGUGCUUUACUAUUUUUCUUAUCUGGGGUUAUAUAUGCCGCCAUUCAGUGUGUGAUAUCAUACCAAGGUCUUCCUUAUGGAUGUUCUAAGUUUAUUUGCCGUUUCCGUGUGUUCUUCGCUGGACUGGCCGCUCUAGCCGUAUUACCCACAAUUUUUUGUGCAAUUCCCGUCGGAACAAGCAAACUUCACUGGGACACCAAUGAUAAGGACUACACACUUCAUAUAGCGAGUGUCGCGUGCGAAUGGAUCACUACUUUCAGUUUUGUCUUCUUCUUUUUAACAUACAUCAGAGAGUUCCAGCAAUUCACACUGAAACUGACUGUUAAUUUAAUGGAGUAUUCCUGACCAUGACAUCAUACCGUUACUGAAUGUUUCAAAGUUUUUGUGCAUUUUUAAUAGAAUUGUAUUUUUAUACAACUUACUACCUUUUUCAUGUUGAAAGCUCUGCUGAAGUACUGUGUAAUCAUUGGCAGUGUAUCAUUUUGUAGCUUGUAUUUUGUUCUAGAAAAAGGGCAUAAACAUGUACUUGAAAUAUAAUAUAA